CAGACAGCUGCCCCAGGAAACGUCGAACUGAACUCUCUAUCUGUCAAAAAUCUUUUCUUUUUCUUGUUCCAUAAGUUUUUCUCUCACUGUUCGAUCGAGGAGUUCUCUAUUCUCUUUGUACAUUUUGAAUUGCAAUGUGGUUCUCUUAGUGAGUCGAUUUGAAAAGAACCAGAUAGAGAGUUUUGCGGUUGUUUUGUGAUGGGAAGUUGGAGAAAUCGACCUAGAUUUUUCAAUCGACAAAGAGUUCCAAAGUCACCUCCUGAAUAUGACAAAGACCCUUAUUCUUCAGGGUCUAUUGAAGAUGGUACACCUUUGUGGGAAAAGAAAUUUUGCUUUUUGAUUGGUUCAGUACCCUGGCAGAAGGUUGUGCAUACCAAAAAGUUUAUGUAUAGCAAUAAUGUACUCAACUGGGAUGACUCAGCUGGCAAGGAGGCAUUUAAUAAUGCAAAAAAUCGUUUUUGGGCUGAGAUCAAUGGCUUCCCCUGCAACAUAUCUCUCCCGGACCCUGAUAUUUAUAUUGAUGAAAUAAAUUGGGAUCCUGACAUUGAUCCUGAACUGAUUAAGAACUUAGAAUCUGUUUUCUUUGAUCCUAAUGAUGAAGAAAACAAGAGAAGGUUUGAGCAUGGAAACAAGAAGUCAAGAAAUUUAACUGCUGUUGCUUCAAAAAGCUGUAAUGGAAAUUCUGAAAUCAUUGACAAUCCUUGGGAAAGUAACAACUGUGUGCAAGGUAGGGACAACUUGAAGGAUGAAGCACAGGACAGGAACCGAUGGGGUAACAGUAACAAUAAUUUGAAUACAUAUCAGGAUGGCAAUCCUUGGGAGAGAAGCUUUACGCAGAGUGAUGAAGAUGUGAACGCCGAAGUACAUGGCUGGAACCAGUGGGAAAAUAAAGACAAUAAUUCUAUGAAUUUAAAUUGUGAUUAUAAUCCCUGGGAACUCAACCUUAAUAAGUGUAAUGAAGCUGUAAAGAGCAAUGCGUGGGGAAAGUCUCGGGGCUGGGAUCAGUGGGUAAACCAUGUCGAUCAGUUUAGUAAUUGGGCUAACAAUGCCAGUUCCUGGAAGCCUAGUGAAAAAUGGGGUGACAUUGGGACUAAUUCUGGGUGUUGGAAUCCGCAGAAGUCCUGGAAGUUGAAUAGUGGUGACAAUCCUUCGGAUCACUACUUUGUUCAGAAUGGUGAGCCUCCUAAAGAUAGAGGAUGGCGAACUCGUGGAGGCAAUGCACGGAGUUGGAAACAACAAGACAAAUAUAGAAGUGCGCCAAAACAUUCAGAAUUUGGAAGAUGUGAUUGGGGUUGGGGAGCCCAGAAUGAGUGUCGUCAGAAGAGGGAAGGCUCUCAUCUAACUAGUUACAGGGGCUAUGGAUAUCAGCAAGACUAUAGGCAAACGGGUCAGUGCUGGAGGAGCAGAAAUGCUAACAAGAGGGUUUCACUUGGGUAGCUACUAGCCAGUGAUGUAUUGUAGUAGGCCUUCUGUUCACCGGCGAGCCACCCCAGCGGUUUAUAUAUGUGGUGAGGCCUGUUUAUUUGCGGCAUUGUGUGAAAACUUGUUUUGCACAAUGUUUAUGUAUUGUUUCUUUGCCUAUUAUUGAUUUGAGGUUAAUUAUGUGCUUCUUGUAUGCGAAUUAUUCUACACGGCCACAGCGGAUUGAAGAGGCGAUUUAAUGAAUAACAUGACAGGAUAAAAUGAGCUCAGCAGCUUAACUUUUUCUCA